AUGUCUCUUGAAGCUCUCCCGAUAGAAGUCUUUGAGCUAAUUGCCGAGUGUCUCGCUUAUGAGCACCCUCCAUCGCUACUGAACCUUGCCCGGUUGAACAAGUCAUUUCACGUGUGGUGUCGCUCGGCCAUCAAUUUGGUCUUUUUUCAUGACAUCAAAAUCUCCAUUGGACUUCAAAAAGAUGUUGCCAGAGUCGUCGAUUCUAUCCAAAAGAAACUCGAGAACGCAAAUAGCUUUGGACACGUCCGGCAACUUAUCCUCACCACGGAGCGAGAGUGGACCGUUUCUAAUGCAGAGUGGGAACCACCAACGUUCUUUGCGCUUCGGCGUGUUGGACUUGUCAAUACGUAUACGACCCAGUAUUCCCAUCUGAGGGAAAUGGCCUUCAAUCGGGCUAAUAUGUUUUCCCUGGUCCAACGCUCAAAGGGCGACACCAAGGAAGUGGCAUUGUAUAGAGCUCUGGGCACACUACGAAGCCUGCAGUACCUUGAUUUGGGGUUAGAUGUAUCGCCCGCGGCAUUUUAUCGAAAGGAAGAAUGCCUAGCAGUUCCUCCCCAAGAACAGUCGUUCACAGUGAUAGAAUCACCUACCGAUCUAUCAUUCGACGAGUUCGACAAUGAGUACACGGAGCUAUACUCGGGAGGUUUUUACAAACUCCGCAAGGGCCACAUCCGCGAUGUCAUGAUCAAUUCUGUGGUGGACCAAGAUCUCGCCUGCGCUAUUUUUCGCCUCAUCUCCUCUGUUGAGAUUGAUCGUCUUCAAGAACUAGAAGCGAUCAAGGUCUCUGUCAAAGGAAAUGGCGGCGCGGGAUCCCGUUUGCACGAAUUGGUAGAUCUCGUUUCUUCGUCGUGGGUUAUUCGCCGAGAUACCCGUGAUGGUCAUCACGGAGAACUCAAAGUGGAGGAGCCGAUACGUUGGAUACCAGACCACCUUCUCCAUGCGCGUAGGGCCUACCUAGGUUCGGAGCUGGAUGAGAUAUUCCAACGUAUCUGGCCAGACGAUGGACAGCAGGAGCCGAAGCAGAAGCAGAAACGCGGCGUAGCAAAGAAGUUGCUCUCCAGGGGGCAGAAAGAGGAAGCGGAAGGAGAACGUCGUGGCUUAUGGCGAAACGAAUGCCAUAGCUUCCCUCUUGAUGUGAGCUCGUGA